AUGACUGCCAGUACAUCGGAAGGCCAAUCUAUCAGACUUGAAGCGGAAAAAAUCUCUGUGCACCCUCUAGCCGCAUACCCGCAGGCAUUUACGUGUCCGUCAACGUCAAACCGAGGAGAUGCUGGAAAUCAGGCACCCAAGUCCUACAUAUUUGCUCGCUCCCGCGCUACUCCGCUCGUCUCCCGGGUCAAAACUGCUGGAGCUAUGCCCCAAAACUUCACUCUGGGUGGCUUAGGGGGGGAGGAGGAGACCCAUAGCUCGCUCCCGCUCCACUCCGUUCGUUUCCCGGCUCAAACCUGCUCGAGCUAUACCCGGAAACUUCGCUCUGGGUGGCUUAGGGGGGGAGGAGGAGACCUACAGCUCGCUCCCGCUCCACUCCCCCGUGCAAAUCUCACCCAGACACUCGAGUACUCGGAUAUCCCCACGCACAACUACGACUACUCCCGUGUUCUCCGCUCGUGCGUCGUCUGCUACAUCCCUAUUCCUCUUAGUGUUGCCGGCCCACUCAACAUCGACGGCGAGCUCGUCCAUAUCCCCGUGGCUACUGCUGGGGGUACACUCAUUGCCUCUACUUCAACUGUCCUUACCAACGACGCCGUGACGCGUGGACCUGCCAUCGACUUCCCUUCCAUCGUCGUGGCUGCAGGAGAUGCCGAGAGCGAGAGGCACCCAGAUUGGGGAUUGGAGGGAAGAAGCGAGGCGCUAAAAGGCUGCGUGCCAUGAGCAUUGGGGUUGGAGAUGGAGAGGAUAUUAUACAGGUGUUGGGUAGGGAAUCAGGAUGGUUAUUUUGGUUAUCGACUAGCCCUUGGAGUUCCGUUCCUGUAAGAGUAAUUAUAAUCGAGGCGGGAUGUAGAGAUCGUUUCCAGAGACGAGGUUAAUCGAUUGCCGUUGCACAUGUCUCUGAAAUAAAGAAA